UAGUCACGUGACACUGUUGUCAGCUAGCAGCAUGGCGGACUCGCAUGUGGAACCUCUUCACAAACUGCAUUUCUUAUCCAGCUAACCCCACUGACACAAAUAAGCUAAAAUAAAACAAACAUCUGAAACGCAAGUGACGCUCGAGAAGACGGCAGAAUGGAGGAGCAAAACAAACUGCAGUUUCCGUCUCUGCCUGCGACCAAGGAGGAGCUUUUGGACUGGGCUUAUCCGAUGAGAAGAGAAAUGCAGGAGAUUUUACCUGGACUGUUUUUAGGGCCCUACUCUGCUGCAAUGAAAAGCAAGCUGCCAACUCUUGAGAGACACGGCAUAACACAUAUUGUCUGUGUCCGUCAAGACAUUGAAGCCAAUUUUAUAAAACCCAAUUUCUCUCAUAGAUUUAGAUAUCUUGUUUUAGAUAUUGCUGACAAUCCAGUAGAAAAUAUAAUUCGUUUUUUUCCUAUGACUAAAGAGUUUAUUGAUAGCUGCUUGGCAACAGAUGGAAAGGUACUUGUUCACGGUAACGCAGGGAUCUCGAGAAGUGCUGCCUUAGUGAUUGCCUACCUUAUGGAAACAUUUGGGAUGAAAUACAGGGAUGCAUUCAGCUACGUACAGGAGAGGAGAUUCUGCAUCAACCCCAAUGUUGGUUUUGUCCACCAACUACAGGAAUAUGAAGCAAUCUAUCUGGCCAAAUUGACCAUUAAAAUGAUGUCACCGAUGCAGCUGGGCAGGUCCUUUUCUCUACAAGCUGGAAUGCCAGGUAGCCGGAAACGCAGCCUGGAGGAGGAUGAAGAUUUUGGAGCAAUGCAGGUCACUGCAACGCAGAACGGCUGAGCUUUACAGACUUGAAGCUGUGUGGCACAGUGCACUCUUUUUUUUUUUUUCAUGUUUUUUACAUUUUUAAUGGGAUUGAAAAUGUAAAUAUUUGAACAUUUUCUAAGGGGAUGGGGAGGGGGGAGGGAGGGAGGCUGAGUUACUCAUGUCUGAGACAUGGAGUACUGAAGGUCAAAUUGGAUAGCUGUUUUUUUCUGAGCAAAAUGCACUGAUGGGAGUUUUUUUUUUUUUUUGCAGUUUUAUAGUAUUUAAGCAUUUUGCAUUUGCAGCGGGACAGUAUUGCAAUAAUGCACUUUGAAUACUUGAAUUAGUAAAGAAGACCUAAUUGGGGAUAUCUGCAAAAGGGAGCAGAGCCAAGAUGUCGCCCAGCAGAGGAAGUAAGGAGUAGCUAUGCCUUUAUUUCAGGAGUGAUACAGUCCUGAACUACUACAGCUUAAUGUUUGGGACAGUCGAGAACAGGAAACUGCUAAACACUGCUUAAUAAACAUAAGUCCUGAGUACUGUA